ACUUUAGCUGUUGUGUGUGCAGGGUUCUUGUACUCCACAUCAGCAGCCUCGAGCUACCUGUUCUGUUCUCACGUGCUCAAGCGGCCACUCAGUAGUCUUCUCAUCUUAAAAUUUAUUUAUAAGUAUAGGCCAUAUCUCUAAGAGGAUUUUCUCUUACAAACAUUUUUUUUAACUCACUAAGAAACAAUCUAUUGUUUUAGUGAUGUGAUGUAACUUUGAGUAACUUUUUACAGCAAAGGAUGGGAUCCAGGAAGCAGGGGACAGUUGCUCUGAACUAGACUUUCUGCAGGUGAUCUGAGGCGUCACUGGAAACAGGUGAAAAGAGCACAUUCUGGGAGACUGCUCAUGCUUGUUGUUGAUUCAUUUGGGAUGUGAGGACCUGACCUGCGCUACUUACAGUGUUUGAAAGCCCAAGGAGAGUCAAGAAGUUGUAACUUAUGGUUUUUGUGCUGUCAUGGAAGUCGGCAAGAGAUUAUAGAUUUGUUUUUAACGAGAAUAAAGAUGAAAGCCUUGACACAAUUUGACCAGGCCACAUUUGGACUACUGUGGAGUUGCCUUGGUUUUCUUCAGUGCGUUUACUGUGGUUUGGGAGACAACCAUGUGCAUUCCAGCUUUAUUUACAGAAGGUUGCGUAACCACGAGAGAAGAGAGAUUCAAAGAGAAAUUCUCUCGAUUUUGGGUUUGCCACAUCGUCCCAGGCCCUUUUCCCCGGGAAAACAAGCCUCAUCUGCUCCUCUGUUCAUGCUUGACUUGUAUAAUGCCAUGGCGACCGAGGAGGAAGACGGAAUAUUUGAGGCGACAACAGGCAAAGGUUUUAGUGGGAAAGUGGCGCAUGGAAACUCGCGCAAAGGAUUCUAUAGUUCUGCUCCACAUCAUGGAUAUACCCGAGUCGCGCAGCCUUACCGCGCGGCGGCCCCACUCACGAGUCCAAGUCCACCUCUAGCAACUUCUCACGACACCAGCUUUCUAAACGACGCCGACAUGGUCAUGAGUUUUGUUAAUUUAGUUGAGAGGGACAAGGAGUUCUCCCACCAGCGUCGGCACUUUAAGGAGUUCCGCUUUGACCUCACUCAGAUCCCCGACGGGGAGGCGGUGACAGCAGCCGAGUUCCGCGUCUACAAAGACCACAGCCACGUGCGCUACGAGAACCUCACCCUGAAGGUCUCCAUAUACCAGGUCAUCAAGGAAUACCAGAACAAAGAUGCAGAGACAUUCCUGCUUGAUUUCAAGAAGAUCAAGGCCUCAGAUGGUGGGUGGCUGGUCUUUGACAUCACAGCCACCAGCAACCACUGGGUCCUGAACCCCCAACAGAACAUGGGGCUGCAGCUGUGUGUGGAAACAAUCGAUGGAAGGAGUAUCAAUCUGAAGUCUGCAGGCAUCAUUGGAAGAAGUGGCCCGCAGUCUAAGCAGCCGUUUCUCGUGGCGUUUUUCAAAGCCAGCGAGGUCCUGCUGCGGUCUGUCAGAGCCACGGGAGGAAAGAGGAAGAAUAACAAUCGGAAUAAAACACGCUCGCAACAGAAAGCCUCGCAGACACCCAAAAAUGGAGAUCAAAACACCAGCGAACAGAAACAAGCCUGCAAGAAACAUGAGCUGUACGUCAGCUUCAGAGACCUGGGAUGGCAGGACUGGAUUAUCGCUCCAGAGGGCUAUGCUGCUUUCUACUGCGACGGGGAGUGCUCUUUUCCCCUGAACGCACACAUGAAUGCCACCAACCACGCCAUUGUGCAGACCCUGGUCCACCUGAUGUUUCCAGACAACGUGCCAAAGCCGUGUUGCGCACCAACCAAGCUCAACGCCAUAUCCGUGCUGUACUUCGACGACAACUCGAAUGUCAUUUUGAAGAAAUACAGAAACAUGGUGGUCCGAUCGUGUGGAUGCCAUUGAAGAUAAUACUGUUGUUGUUGUUGUCGAGGACGCUGUUUUUACAUAAUGUUUAUUUCCCGUCCUUUACCAGUGGAGAGAGACAUACGUAUCUGUCCAGAUUGUUUUUUUUCUUUGUGGUAUGAUGUACAGUAUUAUGUAUAUUAUGUUCCUCAAUUGUGCUUAUUUAUUAUUAACAAUUAUUUUGUGAUAAAGGUUUUCCUGUAAAAUAUAUGGUUUAGAGAUUCAAAUAAAAUGUCUUGUAAAAGGUGUUGGUACAAUAUCCACGGUACAACAACAA